AUGGACCCGGAAGAUGUGGAGAAGGCGUAUCCCCCUAAAUAUAAUGAUGACGUCCCUGUGGAGUGCCGAGACCUGAUCAAUGGUCUGCUUCACCCGGAUCCGGCUCAGAGGUGGAAUUUCAACUGUGUGAAGAAAGGUGUUAUGUUUGAGGGCUUCGACUGGAAGGCCGCUGGCAGGAAGGAAUUGGAGGUACCCUGGUUACCAGCUAAAGUCGGCGAGGGUGCUGGCGUGAAUGCAACAGACGACACAGCUUUCUGUCGCCGACGAACGUCUAUAACAGACCAUUACGACCCUUUGCCGCUCCGACGGUUCAGCUUCUGCUACCAGCAGGUCAUGGCUGGAGACAUUGAUGCCACUCCAC